CUCUCUUAUCUCUUUUGCUGAAGUCUUAGGUGAUAGUGCAGAGCGAUACUACAUAUUUGUCUUUCUUUUGUGACGUCUGUGUCGGAUUCAAUGGCGGAAGCUAGUUCAGACUCUGCUCAAAGAAUGUGUGCAAUGCCUGAACGUUCCAAGCUGCACUUAGCCAUGAUUGUCUGCCAGUUAGGUUUUGCGGGGAACCAUAUUAUUAUGAAGAUUGCACUUAACAUGGGUAUAAGCCUGCUUGUUUUCCCAUUUUAUAGGAACAUCGUCGCGCUGGCUGCACUAGUUCCCUUUGCGUAUUUCUUAGAGAAGAGAGACAGACCACCAAUAAGUACUUCUCUUUUGCUACAAUUCUUCUUCCUUGGCCUUAUUGGGUUAACAUGUAAUCAAGAAUUCUAUUAUCUGGGUUUGGACAACACUUCAGCCACCUUUGCUUCUGCAUCAGAAAAUUCAGUUCCUGCUAUAACCUUUCUCAUGGCUGCCAUAUUCGGAAUGGAGCAAGUGCAUUUGAACAGGAAAGAUGGUAUAGCUAAGGUGCUUGGAACUGUUUCUACUGUUGCUGGAUCUCUUGUUAUUACUCUUUACAAGGGACCAACCCUAUUUGGAUCGAAUUUACAAUCACACCAAUCAUAUUUCUUACUUUCCUUAAGAAAUGUCAAGGUGACAAGUUGGACUUCAGGUUGCAUCUAUCUUAUUGGUCAUUGCCUUUGUUGGUCUAGUUGGAUUAUCUUCCAAAUACCACUCUUAAAGAAGUAUCCAGCUCGGCUUUCGAUUGCCUCGUAUGCUUACUUCUUUAGUAUUCUUCAGUAUCUGGUGAUAGCAGUAGUCUUUGAGAGAAACUCCCAAGCCUGGAUAGUUAACUCAACUGAUGAACUCCUUACUAUUUUCUAUACGGGAUUGGUGGCUUCUGCAAUGACAUAUGCAAUACAAAUAUAUGUAAUUGACAAGGCAGGACCGUUGUUUGUUUCAGUGUAUCUACCUCUACAGACCUUGCUUGUUGCUAUAAUAGAAGCCAUUGCUUUAGGCGAAGAAUUCUACUUGGGAGGGAUUAUUGGAGCAAUUUUUAUCGUGACUGGACUAUACCUUGUUGUGUGGGGAAAAGGUGAAGAGAGAAAGUUAGAUGAAGAAAAGCCCUCAGUGUCUGAAAACGACAGUAAUAGAGUAAGUUCAAGUAAUGGCUCCAUCAUCCAACCAUUGCUUGCUACUUCUCGUAAUUAAUAAUUUUGUCAAAUUAAUUUAUUUUAUUAUUCAAUUUAUUUUUUGUAUUAUUUAUAA